UGUAGACGAAAUCCAUGGCAAGACCCUCGAGGACGCCUCCUUCCGGUGGAGGGUAAAAUGCAUUUCUUCUGUACUGCUACACGUCGUCUUAAACUCACCGGGACUCACGCCCACAUAUUCAGAAAAGCUGUCAUUUGUCACUCGUGGGCACAUGGAUCGAAGUUGAAGCGAAGUGACUGAGUGCUGGACUGUACAAAAUUGUUUCAAUCAAGCAAAUGGAACGGGAGGGACGCUGGGUAUUGCAUAAGCUGUCGUGGAUCGGGAGGAAACAGCGGGGGCAAGGGCAGAGGAAUUAUCCAGCGAUACAGGACCUAGGCGCUCAAUUGGAAGGAGGACGAUCCUCGGGACACAGGAAUUAGACGGAGGUCGAUCAGAUUUACGAAAUUGUCUUCGGGGGAGGAAAUUGGAAGUGAUUAGGAGGGACUGAGCAGUCUACUAGAGAUACAGAUUGAAGCAGGUGAAGGCUUUGCAUGGGAUUGCAACGAGACAGCUGCUGGAUGUUUGCGUGGACUUGGUAUGGACUGUAGUCGUUAAUUGCUAGGAGUAAUCUUCCGCUGAGGCUGCGUGGGACGUGGAGGAUCAUUUCUCGGAAGAGUUCAUGUCAAUUGCCCGUCGAGCUUUAAAGGAUGAUGAUUGCCAGAACUUUUGCUGUCAGGGAGACUGUCCAGAGUUGAGAGCGCUCUUCGAUCAGACCGAAUCCGAUGUGGAAUUGGGGCCGGAGGAGGAGGUCGAUGAUCCUAGAGAAGAGGAAGUCGAGAUGAUACAGGGAGCCAGAGGGAAUCAGGUAGGGACCUGCAUGGAGAUCGAUAUCGAUGGUCUGUUCCCGACCGAACGGAGGCGAAGCCGCUCGGGGCUGCUGAAGCAUUACAGUCGGAAUGUGGAGCUGGAAUUGCGGAACAGAGCAGCGACUCUCUGGCAGAAGAUCAAGAGGACGAGGCACUUGCGCUUCAAGGACUGUUGCUGGUUCGUGAUGCUCAAUGUGGCAGUGGCAAGCCUGUUGUUCAUAACAGGAAUCAUCACGUAUGAAAGCUCUGUCAAUGUCCUCCGGCACUCGUUAGAGACCACGGUGCUCUUCCCGAUAUACUUGCCUCACGCGGUCGCACUGUCCGUGGCGUGCAUGCUGAAAUGGCAGGCAUUCUUGGGUAUAUUCAUGGGGCUCUACUGCUCCCGGAUUUAUGCAGCUGCACGCGGCACGUACCUCAUCUCGUUCACGCGUGGUGGUGUGCUUCUUACGGCCGCCGUGCUCGGCACCGCGGAGGUGUAUUGCGCGAACUACUUGCUGUACUGUCAGCUGGUGAAGGAAGGGAGCGCGAAGAAAAUGCCCACCAUCGAAUCCAUCACGGAAGCGCUCAAGUAUCUGGGAAUUGUGGUGGUGUGCACCUUUUUCUUCGACACGGUGAUUGCUCUGCUGAUUUGCUCGACCCCGUUGGUGAUGUGGUCGGAUUUUACCCAGCUAUGGGGCACGAAUUGGCUAGGGGUGCUGGCUGGGAUGCUCACCAUCUCGCCCACCACCACGCACCUUUUUGCAUGGCAGCGCAAGCCUUCUUUGCUCCAACCCAAGAAGCUCCUCGAAGCUCUCUCCCUCACCGCCCUCACAGCGGCGCUGGUGAUCCUGUUGUUCGUGACGAGCUGGCAAACUGUGAUCUACCCGCUUCCUUACCUUCUGUUCCCGAUGAUCAUUCUGACUGCCUUCAGAUUCAAUCGGCUCGGGUGCUCUCUGGUGGUUUUGCUCGUCUCGUAUGUCUGCGCCUGGGCCAGCGUUCGGGGCAAAGGGGCUCUCUACAGGAUGGCCGGGAGUCCGACGCCCGUGUCCUCGCCCAAGCUCAUUCUCCAGGUGGAGCUUUUCGUCUCGGUUUUGGGAGUGGUUGGAAUCCUCCUCGCGGCUGCAGUCCGGGAGAAGAAGCAACUGGCCCGAGAUCUGCACAAGAUGAAUGAAGAACUGGAGUCCACGGUCCACGAGAGAACCAUCGAGCUCGUCAAGGCAAAUGACGCUCUCAAAGAGUCUCAGAGGAAGGCCGAGCUGGCGAACCAGGCAAAAUCCGAGUUUCUGGCCAAUAUGAGUCACGAGAUCCGGACACCGAUUCAUGGGAUCAUGGGAUUGACUUCGCUCGUGUUGGACUCGGAGCUUUCGCUCGAUCAACGAGAUAGCCUGGUCUCUGUGCAAGAUUGUGCGAAUGUGCUGCUCCACAUCAUCAACAGUAUUUUGGAUCUUGCAAAGAUCGAAGCCGGGAGGAUAGAAGUUGAGUUUGUGACAUUCAGGAUGUCGCAACUGGUCAGCAGCACGGUGCGCAUGCUGCACACCCGGGCCAGCGAUAAGAAUUUGGAGCUGGUAUGGGACCUCGAUCCGGAUUUGCCACAAUGGUUAAUCGGUGAUUAUGGAAAGCUACAGCAGUGUCUCUUAAACCUCAUUGGCAAUGCCGUGAAGUUCACACAUGAAGGCACUGUAAGAGUGCACGUCAGAGUCGACAAGAGCGGUGGAAGUGGAAAGCGGCUGCCCGGCAAUCGCACUUCCGAGGAGCCGGGACGAACUGCGAGCUGUUCUCCUCGUGGGGCAAGUCCCACACCAGAUCCGGACUUCUCUUCGACCUCGUUCUUCGAAAGUCCUGCGCAGUGGCAGUGCUGUAAUCCUGGCAGUUCCCGCAAGUCUCCGACUGUGGGUGUACAAAAUGAGGAGUCUGUAUUUUGUGUUCCUGUCGUGGUCGAGGUUCAUGACACGGGAAUCGGUGUCUCGGCUGAGAAGCUGCAAGAUAUCUUCACCCCCUUCACACAGGCUGAUGCUUCUACAUCACGCGUUUAUGGAGGCACGGGGCUCGGACUUUGUAUCGUGCAGAGAUUUGUGGAGCUCUUGGGAGGCAAAUUGCAGGCGGAGAGUGAGCUAGGCAAGGGAAGUUGUUUCUCGUUCUGCGUUCCCUUGGGCUACUCGCCGAAGAAUCACGAAGAAAAGGGCUGCGACAUUAGGGGUCUGAUAAAUUUACUGUCUACGCCUCUACCUCACGAGGCAGAAUCAUCAGUUCAGGCGAGAUGCUGUGGAGCUGCUCCGCCUCCACAGUGUCCUUCUCCUCCACCCGAUGCCGCUACCCUUGCCCCCAGAGUCUGCUCGGACAGUGGUGACUGUUGUUACCUGCCUCCUUCCGACGGAGCAGAGCAUUUACGCAGUCAUAGCGACACUAGGGUUUCAUAUAGUCAAUGCAGUCUAGACUCCGUCGGAAAAAGGAACUCUCCAGGAGGUUCCAAUAGUCCAGCACGGGCGGAUUUGUCGGUCUGGAGGCCCAGGAGAUCUAUCGAGAAUUUAGACGUUCUGCUGGCAAAUUGGAACCUGAACGAGUCUCGGAUGAAAGCCAGUGAGUGCGAAUGUUGUUCGACUUCAGAUAAAUCACAUAAGUGUUGUAAUCCCCUCUGCAACUCGACAACUACAGGAGUGGGUCAGCAGCUACUUAGAUGGCCGAGCAAUCCUUUGGACUACCGACGGAAUCGGAAUUCACCUCUGGAGCAUAUCAGCUUUGAUGAACCCGAAGAGCAAUCGCUGGCACCUUCGGCAAUGCUAGAGUGUAGGGCAGCAUGUCCUCCCCCUGGAGCUGCCAUAAUCGACAUAGACAUCCCUUGCAACCCGAGGCAAGAUGCAUCUUGUAACCAGGUAGAAACAAGGGAGGCUCCGUGUAAGCCGUCCGGAGGUCGAAGACAAUCGUCUGAGCCGAGUGCAGCAUCAGCAAGAUCAGCGAGGGAGGAUCUUCAACCGAAAGAGGACUACCUCAAUCUGCAUGUUCUACUCGCGGAAGAUAAUCUCGUCAACCAGAAAGUCGCAACUCGCCAACUGCAGAAGCACAAACACGUGGUUACCGCUGUAGGAGAUGGACUUCAGGCUCUAGAAACUGUCAAAGCAGAUCAUGACAAAUUCGAUCUUGUUCUCAUGGAUGUACAGAUGCCAAAUAUGGAUGGGUUGGAGGCAACCCAGAGGAUACGUGAAUACGAGUGUCAACAGGGAAUUAAGAGAUUACCCAUACUAGGUCUAACAGCUCAUGCAAUCCAAGGUUAUGAGGAGACGUGCCUAAAGAGUGGCAUGGAUGGCUACCUGGGAAAACCAUUUGAUAUCGACCAAUUGUUGCGGGUUAUACACAAAUACGUUCCUCCAAAAGAUGCCAUCAUCCUUAGAAGAUGAGGUGACAGAGUCUCCGCAGUGGUCGAUAGGGAAUUUGCCAAGAAAUGGGUACUGAAGAGGAAUGGGUCUCCUUCGAAUGGGAAAAGAGUGCAGGGUUCAGAAGAGUGAUUCCUGCUCAACGGGAACCUUCUGUCGAAAGGUUGGAUUUUUCAAGCUGAAAGUGACACUGUACAAAGGAUGGGUACUUUUACCCUUAGACCGUCAGGUUCCAUGAACCCCUGUGCAGUUUACUAUGAAUUUUGUAUCAGUGUUUAUAGUUAACAGUUUUGUUAGAGCAUGCGGUUGUUCAUCACCACGACUGCUGGUGAAGGAGUAUGGUUUUAGGAAGUAGAGUUCACACUUGACUUUCAGCAUUGGUCAGUGCGAGAACCUGCAUGUGGAUUAGAAAGCCCAUGCAGCUGGCCAACCUGAAGUCGACCUCGGGAAGAUAAUCCGCUUGCUAGCUGUGGCGGCCACUGGUGAUGAUUCUUGACAGGACCAGAGUAGUUUAAAUCUAUCCAAAAUCUCCACCCUCAAAUUAUGGAUGUAUAGGAAUGUUCCGAAGAUUGUCCUCUCAAGAUCUGAUAGCAAAAGUGGGUGCCUUUGUGAUUCGACCUUCUUGUGUGUCUAAACCAGCAUUUCUUGUGUG